GUCACACUUUAAACACAGUUAAUUCUCCGCAAAUGCAGAAAAAUUAGCAAUUUCAGUUGUAGAAUCAAGUGAAGAAAAAAUGGGGUGGAUUGAAGACGCCGUGACUUCUGUCAAAUCUAUCCAACUGCGGCAGGCCCUCCAUCAGACAAUCAGCAUCGGUUUAAUUGUCACAUCCGCGUUGAUGAUAUGGAAGGCGUUGAUGUGUAUAACUGGAAGUGAAUCCCCCGUUGUUGUUGUUCUUUCCGAAAGUAUGGAACCUGGAUUUGCUAGGGGAGACAUUCUGUUCUUACGUAUGAGCAAAGAACCAAUUCGAGCAGGCGAGAUUGUUGUGUAUAAUAUUAAUGGUCGUGACAUUCCAAUUGUUCAUCGUGUGAUCAAGGUCCAUGAAAGGUCAGAUACCGGAGAAGUUGCUGUCCUCACUAAAGGGGAUAACAAUGAUGAAGACGACAUAUCUUUAUAUGCUCCCGGUCAGCGCUGGCUGCAGCGAAAACACAUCAUAGGAAGAGCCGUUGGCUUCUUACCUCACGUUGGGUGGGCGACCAUCAUUAUGACAGAAAAGCCAUUGAUAAAGGUCGAUUCAUCUUCUUAUGUUUUUUGCUACCUUCCAAUCUCAUUAGCUGUGCUGGAGAAUGAUGUUAAUUUAGUUUUCUCCCCUUGCUCUUGCAGUACAUUCUUAUUGGGGGACUCGGCUUGCUCGUCAUUACAUCCAAGGACUAACAAAACCAAGCUCGAUCGAAGGAUUCAUCAGCUACUUUCAUCGAAUUGAGAUUCAAGAUUAUUCCAUAUGCUCAAUAGUCUCAAUAUAACAUGGUUCAUUGCUUGUAUAUGUCGGAGUUGUAUGCAAUUUUUUUAAUUUUAAACGACUCUGAUUCUUACUAGAAAAUCCUGCAUAAGAACAGGUUUUGCCCAAUUUUAGAUAAAUCAUAGAAGAUAUCAUCAAUUUACUAUUUAAAA